CUCCUCGCACGUACCAGAAAAACACGCACAGUACUUUCAGAGAAGAGUCUACUGGAUUUCUUCUCUCAAAACCUCCGUUAAUCCCAUCGUACCUCCUCGCUCCUCCAUCACUUCAAAAAAAACAAAUAAAAAAAUAUGAAUUUUAUUUCUCAUUCUCUCCUCUAAAAAACCCAUGUCUUAUUUACCUCUAUCUCCAUCUAUCGAUUAACAUACACAACUUUCAUUCCAGCUAUGUAUUUAUCCGAAAAACAAAGAUCGGAUUUUUACAAAGGCGAAGCUCGUGAUAUCAUGAUGGAAGUCACAGUCACUAGUCAACAGCAGCAGCAGCAGCAACAUCAAAUGUUAAUAGGUGGUGGUGGUGAUAAUCAGAGUAGUGGUGGUUCAGAUCACGAAGUAAAAAUCCCUAAAAAAAGAGCUGAAACAUGGAUACAAGAAGAAAUCCGAAGCUUAAUUAGUUUUCGACGUGAAGUUGAUGGUUUUUUUAACACAUCAAAAUCGAAUAAACACUUAUGGGAACAGAUUUCCUCGAAGAUGAGAGAAAAAGGGUUUGAUAGAUCACCUACCAUGUGUACUGAUAAAUGGAGGAAUUUGUUGAAAGAAUUUAAGAAAACUAAACAUCAAGAUAGAGGUUGUUCGAGUACCACAAAGAUGUCCUAUUAUAAUGAAUUACUUGAGUUAUUAGAAGAGAGGAAGAAGAAUGCACCUUAUAAAAGUCCUACUCAACCUUCACUUGCCAAAGUUGAUUCGUAUAUCCAGUUCUCAGACAAAGGUCUUGAGGAGAACAGUAUUCCGUUUGGAUCUGUGGAAGCUAGUGGUAGAUCGAAUCUCAAUCUGGAAAGACGAUUGGAUCAUGAUGGACACCCUCUUGCCAUCACCGCAACUGACGGAGUUGCAGGCAAUGGGGUUCCUCCAUGGAAUUGGAGAGUGAAUCCUGAAAAUGGUGGAGAGAGCAACUCAUAUGGUGGGAGGGUUAUAUCUGUAAAAUGUGGCGAGUUUACUAGAAAAAUUGGUAUAGAUGGUACAGCAGAUGCAAUCAAGGAAGCAAUUAAAUCAGCUUUUGGAUUAAGAACAAAACGUGCAUUUUGGUUAGAGGAUGAAGAUGAGGUUGUUCGGAGCCUUGAUAGGGAUAUGCCUUUGGGGACAUAUGCUCUCCACCUUGAUGAAGGAUUGACUAUAAAGAUCUGUAUCUAUGAUGAUACUGAUCGCCUGCCAAUGCCAUCUCGCUGUGAAGAAAAAACUCUGUACACCGAAGAUGACUUCCGUGAUUUCCUUUCCCGUCGUGGUUGGGCUGGUCUUAGAGAGUUGAGUGGCUUCAGAAGUGUGGAUACGUUUAACGAUCUCAGACCUGGAGUAGUGUACCAAGGUGUGCGACUGCUAAGUGAGUAGGUACGUCAUACUUAAAUUCUGAGUUAUCUGCAGUGGGGAAAACCAUCAUCCUGUUUUCCUGAUAGCAUGCAUAGUACCUCAGUAGUGCAUUCACCUCAUAUAUGUAUAAAUAAGGAAAAUCAUUUUCCUGUGUUGUCAUUGUAUGGUAUCAAUGCCUCUUGAUUCUGUAAAUAAUCCAAUUUCUGUUAAAUGUGAAUACUGACUAAACAUUUUUAUUUCACUGUCUUUUCUAGUCUAUUGUUUUUUUUAA